GUGGAAGGUGGAAUGUGGAAUAACAUGACAAAGUGAAGUGACAUCACUACAUCAUUUUUUGCUUAUGUUAUGAACUCUUUGCAAAAACGGAGGAGAUAAAACUCUUCUACUAAUAAGAAAUCUGCACUUAUUCGAAUUAUGUAAUUUGGCAUCAUUCCUAUUCGCAGAGAAAGUCGGCCGUCAACAAGAAGCGAGAAUAGUCCCAGCUGUCACAAGAUGUUGUCCAUGACGUGUGUCACCGUGGCUAAUGCUAAACGAUUCUGACCAUCCGCGAGAACUACAAGCCCAUGUCGCGCUGAUUCAGAGCUGAACGUGACUAGGAGAAUGGCAAGCACGAGUAGUGGAAGUUCUUCCACCUCGGAGCCGUCCACGGCGACCCCUCUGAGCGCCUCCAUCGCCGGUCUGCACUUGUCCAGAACAGAGGAGGACGUCGGUGCUGACGCUGGUGCCGAGGCCUCUGACAGCAGAAGUCCCUCGCCGACCAUCAGAUUUCGGGGCAUUGAUUCGAACAUGGAAGAACAGUUUACAACUUUGUCCAACUACAGAUGUCCCAUCAUUGGACACGAAGUGAUGGAGGAGAGGGCUAGAUUUACAGUUUAUAAAUUGAGAGUGGAAAAUUUAGCUACCGGUGACUGCUGGUUUGUUUUCCGCAGAUACACAGAUUUUGUGCGCCUUUAUAACAAAUUAAAGACUGACUUUCCCGAUGUGGAGCUACCGUUACCUAGAAAGCGCUGGUUUGGCGACAACUUCAACCCUUCCUUCAUUCACGAAAGAACCCUCGGCCUGCAGCAGUUUGUCAACAGCAUCUUUAAGAAGGAACAGUUGCAACUCAGCAUGGCUCUGAGGGAGUUUUUCUGUCUGGACGAGCCGCCGACUGCAGCCGACGGGAUGGACGAGUCAAGGGCCGCUCUUGAGGCCUUGAUGGACACGUUGCAGCAAACUCGUCUCGAGUUGGUCGAGAAAGAGUUGAUGCUGCACACAAUGAAGGAAGCUCUGGACCACACAACGUUGGAGAACGAGCAGUUGAAACAACGACUAAGGAACUGCAGUGAAUGCAGCAAGAUGAAGGUUUAAGAGGUGGCAGACGUCUUUGCCUGGGAAAACGUUGGUUGUGAUAUUGUAAGGAUAAAAACGACUUGCAUGCUUUCACUUUGGUUUGAAAAUCAACUCCGGAAAAUUUAUCGACAAUAAUGCAGUUUGUGUUCACAAAUCAGGAUGGUCCAUUUAGCUCAGUACUGAAAGCAAUUUAUUUUCUUAAUAUACGCCUGUUAUCACUUCAUGUUUGUGACGGACAUUAACUGAAUGUGCUUUUGCCUAUUUCUAACUAAGAUUAAUAAUAACAUUCCACAGGAUCAAUAUAAUACCAUUUUUACAAAGUAACGCCUUCAGUGUCAUGCAUAUAUUGCGAGUAAUUUUUGUAUAGUGGUGCUCUUUUUGUAAGACCUUGCCUGCUCGUGAUGGACCUAUUUACAAUCAUGGGCUUAUGUAGUGCAUAUAAAUAAUCUAGUGAAACUUUUUUUGUAAACUCGUCAUGCAGCUUACAUCAUGCUUUGACAUAAAAUAAUUAAGAAGUGCACUUUUUAAAUUGCUGGAAAGGAGUUAGUUUUCACUUGUUGUCAGUCUGCAUCCACCGAAUGAGUAGGAGACGCAAAAUAUAAAUUCUAGAGUUUAUUAAUUAAAAGUAAUUUUAUUGUUUCUCUAAUUUUAUAUAAUUUAAAUUUAGAAUAAUAAUUAAUACCGUAUAACGCAUGUCAUGUGCAGGGAUACCACUGUCCAUCUUGUAAACUACUCAAAACCAAUAUUAAGCAAUUAAAAUCGCAGUUAGAGUUUACAAUUUUAAAUAACUUUUGCUGAAAUCUGUACCAUCCUAGUAGUCAUUGAGGAUAAACUGUUGUCAUCUUUAAAGUCUGUUAAACUUCUUUACUCUAAAUGAACUGUAUUUAUGGAUAAUAAUUAUUAGUGCAAAAUAUUGCAGCCAUUUUAUUUUUAAUUAAGAAACUGUAAAUCAAUAAAAAUAUAUUUAACUUUUUGGCAC